AGCCGGGGAUCCGUGACCGCGAAGACGUCACGGCUGCCGGAUCGCCUCAGGUGAUCCGCGCCCGUGCCAUUUCACUGGGCACCGCGGGCGAGGGUGUGCCCGGGAAUGGAAUUUGACCGUCUGACGCACCCUCGAUUGAUUAAAUCAUCGCGCCGAAUCCCUGAGCUUUCGCUCGCUCCUCAUCGUCAGAGGUACAAAGUGCACGCAAGGGUUUGCCCCCGCAGGGGAGGGCACGGCUGGUGCUCUCGGGCAGGAGCAGGCAGGGAUGGUAUGAGCCCGGCGGCCACACGCAAAUCCGACCAGUGUGCGAGCUGCGAGACAGCGGCGGGCUGAGGUGGAGCAGGAGGAGUUAGUCAGGGCUGAGUCACCAUUGGGUUCGGCCCCGGGAUGACAUCUAAGGAUGCUUCAGGUGAAGUUAAUAGUAACUGGAGAUGACUUCGGCUAUUGUCCUCGGAGAAACCAAGGCAUUGUGGACUGUUUCCUGGCUGGUGCAAUAUCUAACGUGUCCCUUCUAGUCAACGGAAGUGCUGCAGCAGAUGCAGCCAAGCUGGCGAGGAGAUACAACAUCCCAAUAGGCCUGCAUGCCAACCUCUCCGAGGGCUCCCCUGUAUGUGAGGUGCUCAGGACAAACUCUUCUCUGCUCAACCAAGAUGGAUUCUUCCAUGGAAAAAUGGGAUUCAGAACAGCUCUAUCAAAAGGUCUCCUGAAUAUGUCAGAGGUGAAGCAGGAGCUCAAGGCCCAGGUGGAGCUGUUCCAUGAGCUGACAGGUCACCUACCUCCUCACAUGGAUGGGCACCAGCACGUCCAUGUUCUCCCAGAGGUCAGGCACGUGUUUGCAGAGGUGUUAGAGGAAUAUGGGAUCAAGUACACACGUGUCCCAAUAGAGCCAGGCCUUCACAACUGUGACUGGAUUCCACCAUCCCUGAUGGACUUUUACCUGGGAGUAGAAGAAGAUUCUUUUAACACAGUGGAUGUGUUUACAAAGCAUGGAAUAAGGUGGGCAGACAUUUACAUCGGCCUGAGCACCAUGGGCAGGAACAUGUCUGUCAGCAGCAUCUGCAGCGCCCUUGACAGCGCCGUCCUGCAGCUCAGGGCCAAGGCAGCGCAGGGCAGCGCAGGGACAAUCGAGCUGAUGGUGCACCCAGGCUACCCCAGUGUCCCGCCCGCCGGCGGCUGUGGGGAAGGACCCGACGAUUUCUCGCAGUCCUGGGAGCGCCUCCAUGAACUCCAGACAUUAAUUAAACCGGAACUGCAGAGCCAUUACAAAAGCAGGAACAUUCAGCUGUGUUCAUUCAAAGAUCUUUAAAUAAAUGAGCAGACAUCCAUCCAUCCAUCCAUCCAUCCAUCCAUCCAUCCAUCCAUCCAUCCAUCCAUCCUCUGUACACAAGCAGUUGCCAAUGUCCAGAGAAGCCAGAUCACUGUUAUCAGUGUCACAGGCCCUGGUACAGCUCACAGGAGCUGUCAACAGCCUGGGAGUGGACACCACCACCUGUGAGCAGCUCCAGGCAGUGCCCCAGAGCCCCAGCUGCCCGUUUUCAGGCCACAGCGUCUGCUCAAAAUGUGCCAAACUCCUGUGACAGCCCCUCCACAGCACCCCAGCGCAGCACAUGCACCCAGGGCUCAGCUCCUGCCACCAAAGGAGCAGCACGUGGACAGACUUUGCUGAGAGACACUGCAGCACAGACCCCGAGGGGUCUGAUCAUUCCUCCCGUCAGACUUGAUGGCAAAACAAGAACUGUGCUGGGGAGCAGGUGCUGCUCAGUGUCAGCCACCUGCAGGAGGCCUGGACACCUUUCUCUGAAAGCAGCCGGUCCCUGCCCCUCCACUCACCUGCUCAGCAACAGCGAGGGGUGCAGGACACAUCACCCUCAGAGCCUUCCUCUGGGCAGAGCAGUCGGGGUCUGCAGCCACCUCCCUGGAGCUGCCUCAGCUUGCAGGAGUUGUGUCUCUGCCUGUUCACAUUGCCUCUUGGCAUUAAACCCCCCUAGGAGAGUAACAUCAGCCACAGGCCUUUGGGAAAGGCUUCUUAUUUUUUGGAUGACUUUGCAGGAGCAGCAACUGUUGACCCAUCUGCUAUUUCAGGAACUGCUGUGUAUGGGAGCAGCAGCAACUGGUCCUGCACCACCCACUGCCCCUCAGGACAACCACGAGCUGUGCCAGGCACGAGCACGGCUGCAAGUGAACAAAGUCCUGUAUUUGUCCCUUUUUUUCCUGUCACCAGAGCAUUUAAACUACAACAAGCCCCAGUACUACUGAUAGGUUCUUAACUGCAGCCCUGUCAUUCCUUUAAGGACUUUCACACGUGGAAAAAUGAUUUUAGAUUGUUUAUGCUCAUUCUCUGCACAGGAAUGAUCUAUUUAACAUAAUUGGGUUUGUUAACCAUGUUUUUUAAUAUAAAAAAAUCAGUAUGAUCAUCAUUCUUUUAAAUGAAAAAUAAACUCAGGCCUUUUCUAUGGCAAAGCUCAGAAGGCUUUUGGGUUUAGUUACGUCUGGUGAGUGAACUAAACCCACUCACCUGUUGUAGAUCUAGAUGCUGAGAACUCCUGUCUGCUCCCACACCGCUGGAAGGGCCUCCCUUUCUGUCAUUAGUGGGAACUGUCUGACCCUUCCUGUAACACAUCCGAGGAAGUUUUUGUCCCGUACAAGUAGGAAAAACCAUCAAGGAUGCGGUAGAACCUCUUUCUCCCGAUUCUUUGGGGUAUGACAGAAGGUGCCUUAGCUGACUGUUGGCGGUGUUAC